UUAACUCUAAAUGUUUCCAUUGCUACUUGUGAGCAAUCAUUCAGUAAGUUAAAAUUAUUACUACAUGACUUAAGAGCUACGAUGAGUCAACAGCAGCGAAUGUGCAACUUGGCAUUGCUGAGUAUUGAAGAAAACGAAAUGAAUUGUUUAAAUUUUGAAGAGAUAAUCAACGAUUUCUCUUCAUCAAAAGCCAGAAAAGUUGACAUCUAA